AUGAGGAGAUCACUCAGACUGAAAGAUAGGAAGGAAGAAAGUCAGAGGAGCAAAGCCUGGAGAUCUUCAAAAUGAGAGGGGCUCUUUUGAUGUGUGUUUGCAUUCCUCUCAGUGUUGGUGAAAGCCGAGCCGUCCAACGGUAGUGGAGGAGAGGAACUCUUGAAACUGACCGAGCCGCGAAGAAAAACACACACCAGGUCUCCGAAACAAAAGUUUGAGGAGGAGGAGAAGGAGGAGGAGGAGGAGAGGGCUGAAGGAAAACCAGCAGAGACAGGGAUGAUGGUUCCUUCUGCUGCAUUUUCUUCGACAAACUCGUAUGGAUGA